AUGGCGGACUACGCCUCCGACUUCUACGUGAUGCUCCAGUACGCCUGUGUGGUGGAGAACUCCCUGACUCCGGACUGCUCCCUCGCCAUCCCAGGGAAUCAGACAAGUAGGGAGCCCCUGGCUGCCGAGUGCAUCCCACAGUGGUCCUGGUUCGGGAUCUCGUGCGCCCUCGUCGUCCUCUCCACGCUCGUGCCGUCCUUUUGGUGGAUGGCAUUUCAGACCCAGAGGGAAGGGCAGAGUGUACCCAGGAUGUGUGCCUUUUGCUGCCUGGGGAUCUUCCAGCUCACCCAUCUCUGGGAGCUCGCCACCUUCGCACGGCGCGGCACGCGGGAGGAGCACGAGAAAGAUGCGAGCUCGGGCCGCACUCUCUUCGCCGCGGUGGUGGAAUCGGUACCGCAGCUCUACCUGCAGGCCUACGUCCUCUUCGCGCUGGGUGCCCGCGGCCAAGCCUUCAAGCUGGCCUCUGUCUGCCUUUCUGUCACGACGCUCACCGCAUCGGUGGUGAUGCUCGGCACGACGGGACGCAACGAUCGCCUCAGCACCUGGAAGGCCCAGGCCGCGGCCGCGCUCUUCAUCGGUACCGAUGCCGCAGUGCGGAGCAUGGGCUUGUCGAUGGCCUUCUCGGAGCCCGUGCGCCCCUACGGCGCCCCCGUGGCCGCCGCGACAUUCGUCGCGUGCGUUCUCUACCAGGCGUGGAGCAUUCCUAGAGGGGCCGGGGGUGUUUGUAACAAUCUGGCCUCGCUGCCCUACGUGGUCCCCGCUGCGGCCGUGAUAGCUGAUGAGGAGGAGGCUCGCCGCAAGCAUGGCAUGCCGGUGGUGCUUGGCCUACGCUUCCUGGAGACGGUGGCCUUCGGCAUCCUCGCGGCCGCCUUCGGCGAAGCGGCCUGCGGCGGGGGCUUGGAAACGGAGCUCGCCGUCUACUUCGGCAUGCUCGUGGCCAACGCCUUGUCUUUGAUCACCUUCAAGUGCUUCUCAGAUGGUUCUGGGGCAUUUACCACUUCCAUGGAAAAUGCUGUCACCCUGGGCCAA